UAUGCCAAAUAUCUGUUCAGCUGCAUCUGUAAGCAAAGUUCAUAUAUUCCUUCUAAUGUAUUAUGACACUAUCAUUUAACGCUUCGUCUAAAUCAUGAAGUUUUCCCCGCGAUGUUGAUUGUAGCUUUUCAUUAACCUCUUUUAUCUUUAUCCUGGUUCACUGUGUCAAAGUGCCCCGAAAAAAUCAGCGAGCUAUUACUCCUGCCCCGGCAAAAAAUGUUUGGACUCGAUAGUAUCUAAUAUCCAGUGAGGUGACGGACCCUACAGACAGAGAAGAGGUAGGAUUUCUGUUUAUUUAUUUAUUAUUUGUAUGACAUUAUAGAAUAUAAAUACACGCAUUACUAUUUUCGAUUGUGAGAUUGAAUAUUUUCUACACCCGUUCUAGAUUGAUUGAGAAAUCAGUAAAAAAAAAGAAAUGCCAAAUGAUGAAAAGAGUGAACAACUUUACCUUGAAUUUGUAAAAUAAUAAAUUGUGCACAUUAUAUAGAAAGAAGCGUACGAAAAGAAAGACAUAUACAUUGGGAUUACAAGAUUCGUCACUUUUCGGACCUCAAUAGUUGUAUUUCUUUCUAUGCAUAGAACGAAAGAAAUUGGGCGUGUAAAAAUAGAAGGACCCGGUUUUGAAAAUGUUGUUAUCGACCGUUUUUGUUUCGUUUUAAAAGCACACAUUUAUGAAAAGCAACACGGAUCUUUUCGUCGAAAGAAACUGAAAAUAAUGUAUGUUAUUUUAAAAUAUACCUGUCGUGUAAAGGUUAAUUAUCAUGGGGAUUUUUUCGAAGUAGGUAAUAAAAAAAACAUUUGUGUUCUCAAAAUGUAAUUAGUACAUCUAGUUGCACUCAUUAUCUAAUGAAAUAAUUAGUAGUGGAAUACAAAUACUUCAUAACACUUGCAAUUAAUUCUGUUAUUAAUAACAUUAUGAUAUUUGUCAGUAUAUAUUAAUACGUGAAGGCGACUGCAUAGUACUGUAAUAGUAUAUUAUAUAUAGUAUAGUAAAUGCGGGAUUUGCCCUCAAAGUUAUGUCGACGUCUUUGUUAUGCUUACUUAUGUCUUAUUAACCUAUAUAUGUAAGGUUAAAUAGUUAGGAUUUCGAGGGUUAUGUAUUUUUGGAUUUUUUUGGGGGGUGAUGAAAUUGGUCUACAUCAGCUGAACUUGGUUUUAUCCUGCAAUCGACCUUUCUACUAUACUAAUACAGGUGUACAGAUAACACGAAGCGAUAUACGUAUACUCAACGUAUAUAGUCUCCUGGUAUCCUGCUUCUGUUGCCGCGAGCGAACGGUUAUGUUAAAUUACUGUUUACGUCACAGUUCAAUUUGGGGUCCUCAUUGCGGUCCGCGUUUUAGUCAUGUCGAUUUCUUUCAAAAACUUAUUCAACGAUUGGGAUGGAAAAAAAUGUACAAAAUUAAUUGCAGGAUAAAGACAAUAACUGUUUAGUGUCUUUAAAUAUCAGCUGUAUUUGUACUCGGCUCGAAACAGGAGUAAUAGCUCGCUGAAGCUCGCAUUACACCUGUUUCUUAGCCUUGUACAAAUACAGCUGAUAGUUAAAGACACUAAACAGUUAUUGUCUAUAUAAGAUUACGAUUCCCCAAGAAUGUAUUUACAAUAUUGUUAAGCAUUCAUAAUACCGUCUAAAAUUUUAUUUUGUAAUGACUUCAGAUGACAGAAAAUGUGACAAUUGAGGGAGUAGACGAAUCAUAUGGCAUAAUUUUGAGUACUUUGCUAAUUUGCAUUGCGGCUAUAUUGAUUGAUAAGUUUUUUUAUUUUCAUCUUCAAAAUCCUCCUGUCCCCUAAGAAAAUCAAAUGGUCGUCCCUUGAGCAUUGUUCCAUGCAUAGAAAUGUCAAAAUUGAGGUACGAAACGUGACCAAUCUUGCAAUCUCCGUGUAUAUAUCUCUUUCUUUCGAUUCAAAGUGCACAAUUCAAGGAGAAAUUAAACAAAUUCGAUAAAAGGUUCACUCUUUGAAUUUCAUCAUAUAAUGCCGUGUAUUUUACUUAUUUCUCCAUAAAUACAAUACAGUUACGGGGGAGGGAAUGACGUUUCUAACGUAAAAUGUUAUUUUUCGCGACGUCAAACUGUGACAUAUCGAAAAAAGAUGCAUUUUUCGACUGAUUUUUUUCAUUCAUACUGAUUUAACUUGAAAACGAGUUCAUGGACCGCUCUUUUUUUAAAAUGACAUUAGGUUUGAUUACGUAUAAAGGUUAUUUGUACCAAUCUUUAUGAAAAAGUCACCGAUGAUUUUUUUUUAAAUUAGAUAAAUAUACAGCAAAAAAUGACGUUUUUUUCUAAAAUUCUGCAACUUUGAUAAAAAUUAAUUAUUUCCAAAGAAUUGUUAUACAAAUUUAGAGCAAACUUAUGUAAAGAAGAUUUUCCAAAUGUUUUUACAAAAAUCCGCUUGUGUUUAUCUUUUGAAACAAAAAAGUUAGGUAUGUCUAUCCAAAGAAUAGAAAUCUUUAAUGUCCAAACAACCGAAAUUUUGAGUAAAUAUCUAAAACUUCGACCCCAUUUAUCUCUAAAAGUAGCACAUGAAGGUUUAUUUUUUAUUACAUAUUUGAACUGCUUAGGUAAAAAAUAGCUUGUAUGCAAAUUUUCGUCAAAAAUUCACCGUGGGAUCGAAAAUGUAUCGUAUGCCCUUAACCUAUACGGUCGUAGAAAAUAGUACCUAUUACAAUCGAAAAUAGAAUUAAUUGUUUCCUACAAUUUCAUACAAAUAACAAAUGAUCAGAAAUCCUACCUUUUCUGUGUCUGUAGAUUGUACCUCAUCGUACUGAAAGUCUGUAGAUUGUCCCUCGCCGUACUGAAAGUCUGUAGAUUAUCCCUCGCCGUACUGAAAGUCUGUAGAUUGUCACUCACCGUACUGAAAGUCUGUAGAUUGUCCCUCACAGUACUGAAAGUCUGUAGAUUGUCCCUCACAGUACUGAAAGUCUGUAGAUUGUCCCUCACAGUACUGAAAGUCUGUAGAUUGUCACUCACCGUACUGAAAGUCUGUAGAUUGUCCCUCGCCGUACUGAAAGUCUGUAGAUUGUCCCUCACAGUACUGAAAGUCUGUAGAUUGUCCCUCACAGUACUGAAAGUCUGUAGAUUGUCCCUCACAGUACUGAAAGUCUGUAGAUUGUCACUCACCGUACUGAAAGUCUGUAGAUUGUCCCUCACAGUACUGAAAGUCUGUAGAUUGUCCCUCACCGAACUGAAAGUCUGUAGAUUGGCCUUCACCGUACUGAAAUUCAACACCAUCGAGUCCAAACAUUUUUUGCCGGAGUACUUAAGACAUUGUGUAGUUUUUUGUAUUUUUUCACGUUUCUGGUUGAUGCCUAAAUUAUUGGUGUCUUAACUUUACUUUUCAAAUAUGUAGAAGGCAACUGGUGUUUUAAAGGGACACAUACAAUCUUAGUAUACUGCAAUAAUCUACCCCAUCAGAAUAUGAAGUAAUCAUAGAAAAUAUGGUGUAUUUAUAAGUAUUCUUUCGACGGAAUCAUUUUAAUGGUCAAAUUUCUAUUAAUAUUAUCACAAUAAUUCCAAUACACCAUCCCCCUCUCUUAGCCAUAUUCCCCUGUGUUUCUGGUAUAUAAGUAGGUGCGAGGUCAUCGUAAUCUAGGUACGCGGUCAUCGAAACCUGAAAGCAUUUAAUAUAGUAUUUAUCUGAUCAUAAACAGAUGGUCUUCUAUAAACACCAUGAUUGUCUUCUAUUGUUUGCAGUGUUGAUAAAACAUUUAAUCUGUAACAUCAGUUUGAAACGACUUGUAAAUUCUUCUACUUUCAUUUCCGUUUUCGAAAGAGUAUUGUCUUUUUUGUGGAAUCAUUAUAUAAAACCAUUUAACAUACUUUGCCUUGACUUUGAAUGCAUUUAAAAAUUGUUUUAUGACCAGUGUAGUAAAUUCGAAGGAUCCUCGAAAGUUUAUAGGUGUAGAAUAAAAGUUGAUUGAUCAACCUAAUGAGAACAAUUUAAUAGCCUUUCCAAAUUCAUAAAAAUAGAAAUAUCCCAUAUCUAGAUGCAGGUCAUACUAGACAUGAUAGAGUUAUCUCUGUAUUUCCUGUGAGACUAUCUGAUAAUAUUGACCAAACUCUUAUGGUCAAAGAUAAGAUAAACAGGUCAAAAUCCUUAAGUAUACAUCUUCAGACAGUCUUAAUAAACAAUAUUUAAAGAAGGACAAUUUUGCAUUCUUAAUGAAGAUUUGUGUCAUGCGCCAUAACUUCAAAUCUGGAACUGUGAUAAAGGAACUGGUUUACACGUGAGAACCUUUACCGAAGAUAGACUUCACCAAAAACUAUCAGAUUUCAUAGAAGAACAAUGAAACAAAAGUUAAAGUUUGACGAUGUCAUUGAACUACUUGGUGGUUUUGGGACGUACCAGAAACGUUUAUAUUUAUUGGUAGUGAUACCAGCAAUGUGGUGUGCUAUCAUGACUAUUAUAACAGUGUUUACAGUUGGAGAACAAGAUCAUAGAUGUAAGAUUCCAGGCCUGGCAAACGAUUCUUAUAAGAGUCAUGAUGUAUACACCAACAAGUCUUUAUCAAAGCUAUUAGAUGAGGAAUGUUCAAUAGUUGUAAACAAUACAGGAAAUAUAACAAAGAAAUGUGACAGCUGGGUAUACGAUACAUCUAUCUUUACGUCAACAUUAGUAUCAGAGUUCGACCUUGUCUGCGAUAGAACAAUACUCCAGUCGCAUGCUAGCAUGGGAAUAUUUGCUGGGGCUUUAGUAGGAUCUGCUUUAUUUGGUACUAUUGGUGACAUAUUUGGUAGAAAAGUAGCAACUUGUUUGUCGUUGAUGUUUAUGUUUGGCGGACAGCUUGGUACAGUCUUUAUUCCAACCUACUUCUCUUUUAUAAUUAUGAGAUUUAUAAGCGGCAUUGGUAGUAUUGGCUAUUGGAACAGUGCAGUGAUUCUAAGUAUGGAAAUGGCCAGUCCAAAGAAACGGGUAUGGACAGGAAUGUUAAUAGAGGUAGCGUGGGCUUUUGGAGAAUACCUUACCGUAUUUAUUGCAUUCUUCGUACGUCAAUGGAGGCAUUUACAACUCGUGUUUGCUGCACCAAUUGGAAUAUUUCUUAUAUACUGGAAAAUCCUAGAUGAAUCCCCUCGAUGGCUAGUGAACAAAGGUAGAAAAGAUGAAGCGGAGAAAAUUUUAACACAUAUAGCGAAAGUAAAUAAAACAGAAAAACUACCAGAAGAUAUCGAAGUUUGUGAAGAUGAUCAGCCUAUAAAAGGAUCUUUUUUGGUUACUAUUAGAAAAGUUCUAAGAUCAAGGGUCAUGGUUAUUCGAACUUUGAUUAUGUUGUUUAAUUGGAUGACAGUAAAUGCUGGAUAUUAUGGACUGACAUUGAACAGUGGAAAAAUUGGUGGCAAUGUCUAUGUUAAUUUUACCGUAUCAGUUACUAUGGAGGUAAUAGCUUAUGUCCUGUGUAUUGCAUUUUUAGACAGGAUUGGACGACGGACACUUCAUUGUUCAUGUAUGAUUAUUGGCGGAGUUUCUUGUCUCUCCUCAAUUUUUCCAGUGAUAUUCGGAAACGAGACACAUUAUUGGAUAAUAAUAACAUUAUCCAUGAUUGGGAAGUUGGGUAUUUCAGCAGCUUUUGCCGAUAUUUAUUUCCUAAGUGCGGAAUUAUUCCCAACAUCAAUACGUAGCUUUAUAUUAGGACUAUUUUGCAUAUUUGGAAGAUUUGGCUCCCUUGCAUCUCCAUAUAUUGCUGAUCUGGGUUUGUUAAUAGAGAGUUCGUUUGGUAAAGCAUUACCAUUACUUGUCUUUGGAUCUAUGAUGCUUGGAAGUGGAUUCAUGGCUUUAACAUUGCCUGAAACAAUGAAUAAGAAAAUGCCAGAAACAAUAGAAGAUGCUUUAGCAUUAAAAAGAAAUAAAAGAAUUGACCGAAACAAUCCCGAAGUAUGUAUGGAACUAACAAAGGAACAUCUGUCAACAUAAAAUACACAAUUAAUGAAUAACAACAAUUUAAAGUACAGUUUGCAGGAAAAGGUUCGGAACCUUUUUUGAAAAACCCUCAGUAAUCACGAUAAAACAGUUGGUUAUAUAUAUAUAUUGGUGUUCUGCUUCCAAUGUAUGAUAUAUUGACAUAAAUAAUCUUAACGAAUCAAUACAUAUUCUUGGUGGCAGUUUAACCGGUGUCAAGUUUAUAUAUUUAAAUAAUUGAUAUUUUUGAACAAGAUAUGAUUUUUUGCGAAACAAGAGAUUCGUAAAUUCAACAACUUUUAUGGACUUUUUUCAAUUUACUUUGGAGUUCGAUAUUUUUGUUAAUAUUUUUGCAUAUGUGUAUUGCUUGCAAGAAUCAAGAUUGUAUUUUGAAUUUCUUCUUUAUCGGUUAAUUUUCAACAUAUUAGGAUGUAAGUAUAGCUUUGCAAUCUGUUGGAAAUUAUUAUGAGCUUCAUAUGAUAUGUGUGUACGCACAUGAAUAAAAGCCAUAAAGUACCGUCUACGUGAACCCUAUUUAUAGUACUUACCUUCUAGACUGAUGUACCAUGACAUAAACGAAUGCUGCUUAUCAUUUGUCAUGUUGUAAAUAUGUUUCCUUUGCAAUAGCAUAAUUAAUGCUUUCUGGAAUAAAGUAUUCAUUCAUUCAUUCAUUCAUAUUUAUUAGAUAUACAUACACAAUGGCAUUAUCAACAAUUUCUUUUACUGCAGAAUUCAAAAAUAACCAAAUUCUUGUAAUACUUAAAUACAUUUUUUUUCAUCAAAUAAAACUCUUAAUAGUUAAAGUCAUAGCUAUGGAAACUGAAAAAUACAACAGUAAAAUAAAUAAAACAUUUAUUUUGUAACAGUUUUAAGUCUGCAUAUUUAUUUAAAGACCCUGCACCCGAAAUGUAUCCCGUUAACUUUCCUGGCGCCUUAGGAUAUUUCCUUGUGUUGUAACUUAAGCCCCCAAUUCCCAACUUCUCCAAUAUGGACAAAUAUCAGGGACGUUAUAAGUUCACUUAAAAAUGUAUUACGUAUAUAUGUUAUUCUUUUUAUUUGCAAAUUCCUAAAAAUUACUGUACACGGCCAUAUUACAUUUUUUACUUUAUUUUGUUAUUACCAAUCAUCACGAAUCAACAAUAAUCAUUUGCUUUUGUAAUAUUUUAUACUGCCCUUUUGGGUGUCUUUAAUUGACAAUAAAAGUAUUGUAUUGUA